AUGUCUCCUGCUGAGAGGUUGAAGGUGCUCCUCUUCUUGGCUUUUUUCUUUGGAGCAACAGGAUUUCUGUCCAUGCUGCUGUCCUGUGGGACUGAGUACUGGCUGCUGGCUGCUGAAUCCUGCAGCCGGCCAGAAGGAACGACUGGAGGAAAUGUCAUGAGAGACGAGAAGAGCAGCACCAAGGCUGGUGUGAGGAUCUUCCAUGAGGGUCUGUUUUGGCGAUGCUCCUUCAUGGCCCUUUAUCAUGAGUACUCGAUAUGGGACCUUUGGAUCUCCAAUCAGCCAUCAUCAGUGGUCUGCCAGGCCGCUUUCCUCUUCCCGUUUCCUGUUCAUGAGCCAGUGCGACCACAGCUGGAAUCACACGGUUUACCUGCAGAGCCCUAUGAACCUUACUCUGCCAUUGUUUUUAGGACCUUCUGGAGCAUCUUCCUGGUUUCAGGUGUGACAGCUGUUGUCAUUGGUGGAUUAAUGGUCCUCUGUGCUAGCCCACUGGACAACUACAAACUCUAUAAAGUGGGUGGGGUCCUUCAGCUUUGUGGUGGCAUGUGUCUGCUGGCAGUGCUGGUGAUGUAUCUGAUGUGGGUCCAAGUACUGGACACUCUGGAGCAGUUUGUCCUCCAUAAGAGAGUCUCCAGCUGUCCUUCGUUCCAGCUCAGCAUCCAACACGGCCCCUCGUUCCUGCUGGCUCCUGUCGCCGUAUUCUUCUGCAUGCUGGCCGGCCUGCUCUAUAUCCUGGUUGGUAUUCACGGUAUGCAGCUGGAGAAGAGGGGCAACAUUCCUCAAGUUGCAGGACAGGAUGAAUAUUUGUGACUCCCUUUAAAAAGAAACAUCCAGUUUAUUCAUGUUUGGCGUUGGACAGUACCUGUAAUGAAAA